AUGCUUGCACAGGGAGUUAUUGAGCACUCCACCUCUCCUUGGUAUUCCCCAAUCUUUCUUGUCGGAAAGAAAGAUGGGUCCACCCGUUUCUGUAUAGACUACAGAGGUCUCAACAGCAUUACUGAGCAGGAUGCUUAUCCAAUGAUAUGCAUUGAUGAGCUUAGUGAUCAGCUGCAUGGAACGAUGUGGUUUACUGCUCUGGAUGCUCGCAGUGCCUACUGGACAGUAGAUGUCAAUCCAGAUGAUAGGCCAAAGACUGCAUUCUCAGAUGGGCAUCGACUUAUCCAGUUCAGGAAGUUGCCAUUUGGGUUGGCAACCGCCCCUUCGACAUUUCAAUGGGCUGUUAACUGUGUGCUUUCAUCUGUUUUAGGCAGGCACACCAUUGCCUAUUUAGAUGAUGUGGUGGUGCACAGCAGUAAUUUUGAUGACCAUCUGAGGCAUUUGGAUGAGACUCUGUUGCUCCUUUUAAAAGCAGGAUUUAGGCUCAACAGGAAGAAAUGUAUUUUUGCAGCAGACACAUUCAAAUUCCUGGGCUUUAAGAUCUCGCCCAAGGGUGUGGAACCUGAUCCAGAUAAGGUGGUUGCAAUACAGAAGAUGCCUCAGCCUAGGAACCAAAAGGAAGUGCGCCGCUUUCUCGGGUGCACAGGCUUCUUUAGGAUGCAUAUUAAAGAUUAUUCAAAUAUUGCAUCACCACUUACCAGCCUGACAUGCAAAGAUACGAAGUUUCUCUGGGGCCAGCAGGAGGAAACUGCUUUCCAGAACUUGAAGGAGGCACUUAUCUCCACCCCAGUUCUCAGUAAGCCAGAUUUUGACAGGCCCUUUGAGAUUCACACCGAUGCAUCGGGUGUUGCAAUCGGCACUUGCUUGAUGCAAUGUGACGAUGAGGGUCGCUUGCAGCCUGUUGCAUACUUCAGCUGCAAACUCAGGAAUGCUGAGACACGGUACCCUGCAAUUGAUUGUGAGGCACUUGCAGUAGUAGAGGGGACUCAACAUCGUGUCCCAGACCAGUUGAGUCGUGCAGUGGCUGCAACGGAACUGCACAAGCGUGAUCCAGACGAUCUGCGUCGUCACCAACUGGAGGAUCCCCUGUGGAAAGAGGUGAUUGGGUAUUUAGAGGAACGGACUUUACCACAUCGUCGCCUUCCUCUUUCUCUUGAAGAGUUUGAGCUUCGAGAUGGAGUUCUGUAUCAUGUCCAUCAUCUCCCAGAUCGAGUGCUCCAUCAGUUGGUUGUGUCAAAGACACUUAGAGGCUCUGCCAUGCAUUUGGCUCAUGAAGGUGCAACAGCAGGUCACCCUCGUGUUUACAGGACGUAUUGUAAGCUCAGGGAUUACUUUUACUUCCCUAACAUGUUGGCCGCAGUGAAAGAAUAUGUUGGUACAUGUCGAUCUUGCCAGAAACGUAAGGGCAUGGCUUAUCGCGUGCCUCUUGCUGCUGCACCACAGGCCAGUUACCCACUGGAAAGAGUAUCUGCAGACCUCAUGGAACUUGAAGUGACCUCGCAAGGUAAUACAUAUGUAUUAGAUUUUAUAGACCAACUCACUCAAUACGUCCAGUUGAUACCGUUGCCAUCCAAGGAUGCAGAGACUGUGGCUGAUGCCUUUAUUAAUCAGUUUGUGACUGUGUUUGGGCCACCUCGUCUACUGCAAACAGACAAUGGCCGAGAAUCUAAAAACAAUUUAUUUAAGAGGGUUUGUGAGUUGGCCAGUGUACAAACCAUUUUCACUACUGCUUUCCAUCCCCAAGCUAAUAAGAUGAUUGAACGCACCAACCGAGUGGUGAAAAACGCCUUGGCAACACUUCUAGAGGCUCCUCCCUUAGAAUGGGAUAAACUUUUGCCAUGUGUUCGUUUGGCCAUGAAUAGUGCAGUACACUGCUCAGUGGGUGAUCAGCCUCUCUAUUUGCUGACUGGAGCAUAUUGGCCACCUAUCCUGUUUGGCAAUAGCAAUUACGAGGAGACUGAUCAUGAAGCAGCACAAUCUUUUGCUGCUAGGUUAAGGAGAGCUAGAGAGAUUGCCGUUGAGAUGUCAGUGCAGGCCAGGGAGGGAGUAGGAAGGCGUGGAGCCCUUGGACCUCGUUGCUUUGGUCCGGCUCGUAUUAUUAAGACCGGUCCUGUAACACGUAAUAGAGUACUGUCUCCUCCUUACAAGGAGAAGAUUUACCACCUCAAUCAGCUGAGGCCUUAUAGGACGAAUGAUGAACUCCACCUGCCAGAUGAUGCCGAGCUAGAUGAGGAUGGGGACGUGGACGAUCUUCCUUUAGAUGGACUACCGGAUGGUGAUCCUGCAGUUGCUCUCUUGGCCUCCUUUUGCCGACCUCCUGACGAUGCCCAGGUCGAGAUGAUAGGUUCUGUAUUCCAAGACCAUUUGUAA